AUGAUAACGACUGCUGCUCCCCUUUGGCCGGCCGGGCAUGAAGAAACAAGAACUCAUUGCUGUGUUACCUGCUCUCUAGCUGCGGGAAGACGAGUUCACAAGCACGACAGUGGCUGGGCGUGGCUGGUGGGUGGGUGUGGCUGUCUUUGUAACGUGUUUACUCUGGGUUGUUCGUAUAGUUUUGGUGUCAUAUACCCGUCACUUUUGGACGAGUUCAAGCGAGGCAAAGCUCAAACAGGUAACAGACUGAAGCCUAAGUUCUUUGCUCUCUUGAGUAUUGCAUGAAGGAACAGAUGUCGAGGAUGGAUUUAUGUGCUCAUUUGAAUUAGAAAAUAUCCAAAAUUUUUGAGUAACUGAGAAGAAAGGAACGUAGACUUGGAAACGAAAUCCGGAGAUUUCAAUCCUCAAUCAAUAGAAGUUAUCACUGAAUAACAUGAAUUACAUCUAAACCACCGGGUUUUAAGUCAGUAAAGUAACUGUGAGCCGAGGAAUACAAUGAUUUACCUCGACAACAAAUGUAUUGGCAUGCGAGUAAUCGGGUAAACCCUUUUCCUUUUUCCUCCAAGAAAAACUAUUUCUUUGGAAUAUCACGAAUAUGGGUAUACGAACAUGGGUUUUUCGGAUCAAUAUCAGUACCUGGGCAACUGCCCACCUACCCCUCCCCUAACUCAACAACAGUCAAUUGAUAACAAGUUAAGGUUAAUGUUGGGUUAGGGGAGGUGUAGGUGGGCAGUUGCCCAGAUACUGAUAUUGAUCCGGUUUUUCUUAGCUAGUAGCAGGUGCAAUAAAGCUUCUUUGUUUUUGCUUUCGUUUAUCCCUGACAUGCACAUUGACUGAGACUGGAUCAACGAAUUCCAUCACUGCAUUGAACACCUCUUUUUCUUUAGCGUGGAUUGGUUCUCUUUGCAUGUCCUUGACCUUCUUCUUCGGCCCACUGGCGGGAAAACUCUGCGAUCGUUUUGGCCCCAGAGCUGUCACAAUUAUUGGUGCCUUGGUGUCUGUGAUCGGACUUGUUGCGACUUCCCAGGCUCGGAAUAUAUUCGUGAUAUACUUGACAUACAGCACCAUAUUUGCUUUUGGAGGUUGUUGUAUCUACACCAGCGUAUUUGUCAUUGUGCCCAAGUAUUUUUUGAAAUACCGUUCAUUAGCAACUGGAAUGAUUGCGGCGGGGCCUGGAGCCGGCACAUUCGUAAUGAGCCCUAUUUUAGCACGCUCUAUAGAGGAGCUUGGAUGGCGGGGGGCAUUUUUCGUAAUGGCUGGCAUCAUCGCAUCUGUUUGUCUCCUUGGUUGUGCAUUUGAUCCCAACGCUCCGACGAAUCCUGCCGAACGAGACUUACAUCGUGAGUUUGAGCAAGGCGACAAGAAAAAAAAACAUUUGUCACGUAAUCCUUCAUAUUUGCUAUUGGUUUUCGUUACAACUAUUGUGAUAUUAGGAAAUUCAGUUCCUCAAGUCCACAUGGUAAGAGUAACAAAAACUAUGCCACAAGAAUCCUGAAUAGGUUUUUUUUUAGGCUUUUUUUUUUGGUAAAACAUCUGACAGCCGUGUUUUUCCUCCACCCAGGGUAUAAAUAAGUAGGGAAAUUAAAACUGUCGGCAAACUUGACAAACAACUGGUUACCUGCGACACCCAGUCUAAGAGUAAUUGAAAUAAAGCAUGGAAACCUGAAUGUACCAAUGAGCCUGUAGAUUUAGAAGAAUUAGCCUUUACUGCAUGCUUCCCGGAUAUGCUAUUGGUCCUACUUUAGUUGGAAUUUUAUCGUCGGACGAUGGGAAACGCGGUAGCUUCGUGUUGGUUUUCGCCAACGACGGUAUUGGAGGCAGAGUUGUUAUUUGAAGUGCAGACCGAUAAGAUACGGAGCAAAUUAAACCCACAGAAUCGGAAGAAGAGUACAAUUAUAUCUGAUUCUUUCCUAUUCGAUUCUGUUACGCCAACGACUCCACUUAAUUCCGAUUUUAAAUAGUUCAGAAACGCUCUUGCGACUCUAAGUGCCACUCCGUCGCCAGUGAGAACAAGCCCAGUACAUAGCAAGCUAGAACCCAGUUAGAGAUGUACAAAGCCAGAAUGAACACUGGCAGUUAUCAUAGGCUAAGCGCCCCUUAGCCGUCACUUUCUAUCACGGUCUGAACCAUCCCAAUAAAACAACAAUGAAUGCAAUUUAUCUUUAGCUCUGUCCUUUAUUUAUUUUUCUUUCUUUCUAAGGCUCGCUACUGUGAGGAGAAAGGCAUUAGUCUACAAGUCGCCUCGACGCUCUACCUAGUGCUUGGACUGUGCUCAGUUUUCGCCAGAAUUUUAGUCGGUCGCAUAUGUGAUUAUAAAUUCGUUGAUCAGCGAUUUGUCUACCAAGGAUGCCUGUUUGUUCUUGGUUUUUCAACUCUACUCUGUCCAUUGACAAAUAGCUUCCCGACUGUGCUCGUUUAUUUCAUAGCAUUUGGUUUGUUUGACGGUGGGCAAUCGACUGUGGCAAAUGUGUUGGUGUUAACCUCUGUACAAGAACGACAGAAGGCUCGUGCUUUUGGAUUGUGGCUGUUUUGUCUGUCAAUCAUAAUGGCUUGUGGACCGCCCCUUGCAGGUAGGUAGACAGAUCCCCUGCUAUUGCUUACGUAUUGAUUAUGUGCAAAUAGCUCUAGACACAGUCCCCUGACGUUUCUCCAGACAUUGAUGUCGUUUCGCUUAAACUCACGACUGAGUGCAUGUACUAUAUAGUUAAGAUGUAAAAAUAGGACUUUCCGAGCUUUACUCAUAAGUUCUACAUUGACUCAUUGAAGAAUACUCGAUUCAUUUCCAGGUUACAUUGCGGACUCCACGGGUUCAUACGCGCCUGCAUUCUAUUUGGCAGGCGGCAGCAUCGUAACUGGUGCCAGCGCUUUCUUCGUAAUGUACUUCCUAAAAAGAAACGCGGAGGAGAUGGAAUUGCAAACCGAGCUUGUUGUAAUAGAAAAAGUUACAGUUGUGUGA